UCUCUCUCUCUCUCUCUUCCCUCCUAUUGGUUUGUUCGCUUUUGCUAUUACUAUCUAUCGUUCACUGACUGACUCCCUUUGCUUCACUCUCUCUCUCUCUCCCUCUCAUCGUUUCCCACGUCACUGAGAGUCGAAGAGGUGAUCCGGCCAUGGAUCUGUGGUCCGUUCACGUCACCAACAACGUCACCCGAACCCCCUUCCUCCUCCGACACUCCUGGAACUCCGGAAAGCCCCGCCCCUCCUGGCUCGGCGGCGGCGGAGGACUCGACGACUGUGGUGGUGGUGGUGGUGGUGGGAGGGUGUUUGAUGCUCGUGACUUGAGUUUCAAUCUCAAGCCGCCGCGCUUCGUCGUCAGGGCCACCGGCAAGAAGAACAACAAUCCGGGAAACUCCUCCUCCUCUUCUUCCGGAAACGAUGACCACCUUGUUCCAGAAGGAUAUGGUGCAAACGGAAAUAACUCCGAAAAUAUUAAAGACACUUCUUCCGAGAAAAGUUAUCAUAUAAAUUCAGAUUGGAGAGAGGUCAGGGCACAGUUUAUUCGUGGGGAGCAGGCUGAAACUGAUCUUCAGUACCAGUCGAAACCUCUUGGUGAGAAGUGGGCUCAUCCCAUUGCAGUACCUGAGACAGGUUGUAUCCUUGUUGCAACAGAAAAGCUUGAUGGGGUUCGCACCUUUGAAAGAACUGUUGUUCUCCUCCUCCGAUCAGGGAAUAGACACCCAGAAGAGGGACCUUUUGGAGUUGUUAUCAACAGGCCGUUACAGAAAAAAAUUAAACACAUGAGACCCACAAAUAUUGAUCUUGCAACCACAUUCUCUGAUUGCUUCCUGCAUUUUGGUGGGCCUCUCGAGGCAAGCAUGUUCUUGUUGAAAACAGGGGGAAAGGGUAAGCUUCCCGGGUUUGAAGAGGUGAUGCCUGGUCUUUGUUUUGGUGCUCGUAACAGUUUGGACGAAGCUGCUGGUCUGGUGAAGAAGGGAGUUCUUAAUCCUCAAGAUUUCAGAUUUUUUGUCGGCUAUGCUGGGUGGCAGCUGGACCAGUUGGCAGAGGAGAUUGAAUCCAAUUACUGGCAUGUGGCUGCUUGCAGCCCUAGUUUGAUAUAUGGUGCUUCAUCAGAAAAUUUGUGGGAAGAAAUAUUGCAGCUAAUGGGCGGCCAGUAUUCUGAAUUGAGUCGAAAGCCUAAGCAAGAUAUGUAGUUAAAUUAUGAGCCUGUUGGUGCUCUGAAAAUAAAAACUAGCUCUGUAGUUCAAGCGAGUCUUGUAAUCAAUGUACAUGUGAAGCCAAUUUGUACAGCAAGUUCUCUCUGGCUUUUCAAAGUAGUAGAUCUUGUUUCACUUCUUCA